GAUCGGUCGAGGAAAGAUCCGGAUAAGACAACCGUUUAUUUUGCCGUUGGCGAUUGAGAAGUCUAUUUGCCUCCCUUGUUGUUCCUACCUCUUGAUAGAAUUCGUUAUAUUCUCUCAACAGCAGUUUCGUGUCAGUCUUAGGUUAAGUAUUAUUCAGCUCUCACGUAUUCGCCUGGAAACGGCUAGACUGUUCUAAGUUGCAAGGUUGAACAGCAUUCAAAUUCAGCUUUGUUGUUUAAAACGGAAAUGCGACCGAAGUAAAGGUUUUACUCAGCAAGAAUACAUUUGAAGGGAAUUUCCAAUCUUCGAAACUUGAGUUUCUUUUAAGAAAAAUUAACAACAGAUACUUCUUUCUCGUGUCAAUUUCGCGUUCGUGCGCUUGAACUCGGUCGAGCUAUAAGGCGUUGUAAAGUGGAAUGUUUGACAUCUAAUUUUGAAAUUUGACGCAGGAGAUCGUGUAACCAGGAAAGGUAAGGAAGAUUAUUCGUCAUAAGUUUUUCCUUUGAGUUACCGAUUAAGUAGCUAUUCAUUUUCAUGAAAUUAUUCUGCUGUGAUAGGAAGACACACUUCGAAACUUUGGCAGAUAUCUAGUAGAGGUUUAAAUUGUUUGGGUAACACUGCCGUCGCAAACGGAAGAUUCUGGAGAAAAAAACGAGGUGAAAGAUCUGUCGUAGUCUCUUAGUAAUUUUAUUUCUGUGUUUCGGCAGAUCAUCGGAUGCUGGGGUAAAGUUAGUAGUAAGGCCUAUCAAUUGAAUCCGCGAACAUGAUAAAUUAUUUGAUGUUAUUCAGUAUUAUUACGGACCUAUGAAAAGGAAAAUUUACAUGUGAAGCUAAAUUCGUCUUUUUAACGCGUAAUGGUUUACAAGAUUGUGCCACUUUUGUCGUCGGCACCAUAUUUUUAGACUGUUGAGUGCUCUAAGUGUAUAAAUUGAAGCUCGUGCCCUGAGAUGGGGAGGAAAAUCGCACGAAUAUGCAAUACGUGACAGAUUUGAUUCAAUGAAGUAACGUUGAUAAUUGUGUUUUGUGUUUAGUUUGAACGGGGGAUUUAAUUAAAUUCAUGGCGAAAGACAGUGGUACUGAUGUGGAAAGAAGCAAAGGAACUGUUAUGAACGAGCCGUCUUCGAAACAAAAUGGAAACGACGAUCGGAGAUUUUCACUCAGACGGUUGUUUGGACGAUCAAAGACGUACAAAGGCGAGAACACGACGGAUAAAUUCACUCGAAAAAACAGCACUGAGGCACUGGCUAUUUGUCCAGUUUGUUAUGCAAUGAGAGCGAAAUCUUUGUUCCCAGAAAUCUCAACUUGUGAACAUCGAUCGUGUUUUGAGUGCUUGCGGCAGUAUAUGACAAUCGAAAUAAAUGAAUCGCGAGUGAACUUAACAUGUCCUGAGUGUUCAGAAAGAUUUCAUCCGAAUGAUAUAAAACUGAUUUUAAAUGAUGAUGUCCUUAUGGCCAAAUAUGACGAGUUUACUCUUCGAAGGACAUUAGUUGCUGAUCCUGAUUGUCGUUGGUGUCCCGCUCCGGACUGUGGCUUUGCAGUCAUAGCAUCGGGAUGUGCAAGCUGCCCGAAACUGCAGUGUGAAAGACCAGGAUGUAACACUGAGUUCUGUUAUCACUGCAAGCAAAUAUGGCAUCCUAAUUUGACUUGUGAUGCAGCACGACUUCGGCGAGCUACUCACAUCAAAUCCAUUUCUGGAUCUGAAGGACGAAGCUCAAAUGGCUCAGAUGACAUGAAGCCAUGUCCGAGAUGUGGAGCUUUUAUUAUCAAGAUGGAUGAUGGUUCAUGUAAUCAUAUGACUUGUGCAGUGUGUGGAGCAGAGUUUUGUUGGUUAUGUAUGAAAGAAAUCUCAGAUCUUCAUUACUUGAGGUAUCUCAUUUUCAUUUUAUUUUUAGAAUUUGAUUCAUGUACCUUAAUGGUACCACUGCGGACUCUAUUUUACUGUAGCUUUGUUUCUCCUGCGACAGACCUUCCCUAGCCAGUUACCUUGGGAUUUUCCCAUUUUCUAUGCAGUAAUCUAAGGUUAUCUUACUAAUGAGGCACUGUAAAGUAAUCCUGUUGUACUGGAAGUUGUUUAGAAAGAUGUGUAAAGGUACUGAUGUAAAAAUACCUUCACUAGCUUUGGCAUUUGUGAAAAUCAAACUUGAACAUCAUAUUCUUAUAAUUGUAUGUGUGGGAGAUGUGGAGUUUAAUUUAGCACUGUGGGGUGGAAGUCAAGAAGUUCAGGAGCAAGCCUGGGCUGAACCACAGCAUAAUUCUGCCUUGGAGUAUUUCAUACUUAUUGACUGGGUGGGUGGGCCGGAUGGGAAAAAUAUUGGCCCCAGUUUAUGAUGUAUGGACAAAGUGCAUUGCAGGCCAUGCAUCAUGACCAAGAGCCAAAUAUUUUUCUGCUCAGCUCAACCAAUCUAAGUCAACAAGCACUAAGGGCUGUAAAUUUUGUUUCAACCUGAAUAGGACAUACUUGCAUACAAACGAAGUUUGCAUGCUUGACAACUUCUGAAAAGAUUCAAGUGGUAGAAUCUUUGGAAUCACUCCCAACCAAAAACAGUCAAAAGUUUUCCUUUUUUUUAUGAGGUGAUGUCUACAAUUUCAGUCCAUGUUGUCACAAAACACAAGAGCGGAAUUGGACUCCACUCUUUCCUAUACAAUAUAAAACUACUGUAAAGUGGAAGUCUGACUUAUUAAUCACAUGUAUGGUCAUAGGCAGAAUUGGAUGAUACAAAAAAAUCUAAUUAAUUAAGAUUUACAAAAUUGUCAAAUGACAAAUUUCAAGAAACAAACUAGCUAUUGGUUAUACCUUUCCAUGUAAAACAACAGUUAACUCUGCAAAAUGCAUGGAAAGAGCUUGGGCAUGAUGCACACUGUCCAUUUACACAGGAUUGAUGCAUAUACUGUCUUCUUAUACUGCCCAAUUACAAGCAAGACACUCGCUUUGCCCUUUUAGUGUUAAAGUAGGGUUGGUAUUAACCAAUCACAUUCAAUAAUUUUGUUUUGAUUGUGAUCAAAUCUAGUAUGAAUCAUUUGGAAAAAAUCUUGUUUUCUCUCUCUAGUCCUUCUGGUUGUACCUUUUGGGGUAAAAAGCCUUGGAGUCGCAAGAAGAAAAUCCUCUGGCAAAUGGGAACACUCAUAGGUGCACCUCUUGGAAUAGCUCUUGCUGCAGGGGUGGUACUUCCUGCCAUGGUGAUUGGUAUUCCUGUGUAUGUUGGCCGACAGGUAAGAGCCUUCUAUUGACUAUCAGAGUCACUGUAAGGAAUUUGUCUUUCACUGUUAAGUUCUGUGUACAUAUAUACACAAUCCACCUCAUUUUAACUGAAAUACCUCAGAUCACGAGAAAGCAAGGGGAAUGAUUAUCACUGAGUUGGUUCUCUUAUUUGAGGAGGAAUGUUUUGUGUUGGGUUGAUGAAAAAUGAUCUGAGUUAGAACUUUUUCCUUGACAAGGCAGGAAAAUGCCAGAAGAAGGAAUGAAGAGAAAUUUGCUCACCAUAUUUUUUUCUUGGCUUUAAGGCACUGUUUUGAAUUAUCUUAUCACAAAAAGCUAUAAAGAAAUCUUUUGGUUUCUUUGUCUUGCGCUGAAGCUUAGAUUAAGGGGAAAAAUGCUAUUUUCCAGGUAAAUUGCUCAACCAGAAGCAGUUGGUUUUUAUGUGAUGCAAGCGUAAACUUCUUAAAUUUUUACUUCUGAGGAUUCUUUAAGUUGGCCUAAAUGACAUGUACAUUCUACCUUAACUCUUAGAAGUGAUUUAUAUCUAACUUAUUCUUUUAAUGUCGAUAUAUAAUCCAGCAAACAGGUUUUGAGAGUACUCAAACUUAUCAGGUAGAACUUGCUAUCUUGACCUAACACCAAAUUCUCAUUAGGAAAUGUGUAGCAGUCAUAAGUGAGAAUUAACAAUCAGAUCUUGGGAAGUUAAGGGUUACAUUGUUUUAUACAGGUGCAUGACAAGUACGACAAGCCAUAUCAGUCGAGAAGGAAGCGGAACUUUGCCAUCACCGGGGCAGUCACCCUUUCUGUCCUUGCAUCCCCCAUCCUAGCUGCACUUACUGUGGGUGUUGGGGUACCAAUUGCUCUUGGGUAUAUCUAUGGUGUAGUGCCAGUUUCUCUGUGCCGCAGUGGAGGCUGUGCAACAGUAACAAAUAUUCGCAAUGGCAAGGGAGUGAACCUUGAUUUUGACGAAGAUGGAGACCCUGGGCCAGCCAGUGUCGCUGGGGUGUUUGGUACAUCACAAUCUAGCAGCAGAAGCAGCAUGAGAGUUGGCGAAAAGGGGUCUUCAACAGGGGUGGUGACAGUUGUGGCCACUGUCAACAACACAGGAACAGGUAAUCAAAUGCUAAUUGUCUUAUUACAAUGCUUGACAAAUUUAUAUUAGCACAAUAUAAAGUGAUCUACAGAGUGACUUCGUCUUGAAGCAAAUGAGGAUACUAUAACCUUUCACUCCUAACCAAUAUCCAAAUACUAAUUUUACUCAGCAUCUGUCAAACUUACACUACAACCAUAGCCCUGAGAAUUUGAUGUAAACUCGAACAAAAUCUCUCAGUUGAUGUUUUUGUUCUUCUCGUUACCCCUCUGCUUGAAAAUGUAUUGAUACUGUGAGGAGAAAUUACUUUCUGGUCACUCAGGAGAAGUAUAGGGUUAAGUCUCACUUAAGAGCCCUGUUAAAAUGAAUUGGCAAAGUGAAUUAAAAAAAUAGCAAGAUACUAAGGGGGUUAAGUCAUGUGAGAGUUAAUUAAAGAAUUUUAAGAUGUCUUUUAAGGGAAUGCAACCCUUCAACUCUCAAAAGUGAUCAACAUGUAACUUCCCCUUGUAACAGCUGAACAUUAUCCAGCAAACAAGUCAUGAGAAUACUCAAACUUGUCAGAUAGAAGUUGUUAUCUUGAUCUAACACCAAAUUCUCAUUACUUAUUUACAAGGAAAUAUGUCACAGCUAGAGGGGAGAAUUAACAAUCAGAUCUUGUGGUUCAGAAUUAGGGUUAGGGUUACAAUUAGUCCAAUUGUGGGAGCAGUGUGCUUUUACCACUGUACUAUGCUGACUUAGUAUCAUCCCCUUUAGACACAGAAAGCGGCAAGCAACCCAGUAUCAGCAUGAGUCAGGACUGUUCCAGCUUAGACAGUGGUACAAUUGGCCCAAGGGGUGUUGGUGACGGUGACAGCCAUGCAUCCCUCAUCCCUGGCCCUAGAAGCUGCACUGUGAGCAUAGCUAGCAGCUUUGACAAUUUUAACAUCAAUUCUUGUGAUGGAAUAGGAACAUCUUCAUCUAUUGCAGAGGCUAUGGUACUGGAAACUGAUGUUGUAGAUAGAACAUCUGUGACUAACAUCUCUCACCAAGGAAGCACAGUGGAUAAGGACAGUUUAUCGGUCCUGGAAAGUGUUGGUAGCAAUGAAGACGAUUAAUUUCUUGUACCAUGUGAGUUUAGGAAAUAGUUUUUAAUGUCUAAUUUAUUUUUUGUCUAUUAAUUAAUUAACUUGUAAAAAUAUUCACCAAGCUCAGUAGGAUUCUUGUAGAAAGAUAAAUCAGAAAUCAAAAUGUUAAUAUUUUUUCAUAAUUAAUUUCAAGCAUUUCUAUGGUUUUUUUUGCUCUCCUUGUAAAUCUCGCAAAGUGAAAUCCUUAGAUUUUUUAAGUAUUGUAGAAGUGAUAAGAGACCUUAAACAAACUUAUGUGGUGAUGGCAAUGAGGACAUGGCAAAACAAAAGAUCUAAUGGAAAGAACAAUAGCUCAUCUUGUGAGUAUUUGAACUUUGUACUUUUCUUAGCCAUCCUCUGCAAAAAAAAAAAAAAAGACAAUGUGAAAUCACUUAAAUUUGCAUGGCUUGAGAACAGAAACCCAGACAGCAAAUUAAUUAAGUUUCCAUUUGGAACCAAACACUGCUGCCAGUGUUAUGCUGCAGUUCAGUUAUGUUGCCACAAGAGAUGGUAAACACAUCCAGCCAUUUGCAGCUAACAGUAAUAGUACCAACUUGCAGCUAUUUGCAAAAUUCUAACUAAAAAUAGAGAUUCAUGUGUUAAUAAAAAUCUUCCCCAGUGUUUUUGUCUUAAAUGCUUAAAAAAGGUCCCUAAUAUUACCACUUUGCUUGACAUGCUAGUCAAAAAAAAUAAGUAUAAGUGGUUUUUGUUGGGCUGAUUAAGUUUUUUCAGGAAAUUGAAACCUUUGCAGAAAGUUAAAGGACAUGUUUUACUGCAAAAUCACAAUGACAGUGAUGAGCUGUUCAAUUUCCAUACUAGUUUUUUUAAUUAUUAGCAACUUUGUGUAUAGUUUCCUUUUGCCCUUUCAUAGCCUUUUCUUUUCUUUCCUAGGAGAACUUAUUUUUUAUUUUCCUGCAUUGUACAUAGUAUUUGUUCACCCUGUACAAAAUUCAUUAAUGUUUCAAGUUUUUUUUUCUUUUUUUUUUUCAAUCAAGAGCUCUGAAUUUCAUUAAUUUCUACAAAGAAUUGACUUUCUGACUUAAUUUUUAAGGUCUGUUGUUAUUCUCGAGUUUGCUGAUGGAAUCAGAAGUUUCAAAUUUUGGUACUAUGACAAUCUUGAGUUUACCAAUGGAAUCAGAAGUUUUAAAUUUAGAUACUAUUGCAAUUUUCUUAACCCUGUGACCCAAAUGAGUGACUAGGAUCUAAUUUCUCCAAACAAUAUCACCCCUGAAUCACACAUUAAGGUCAUGAGAGUAAAGGAAAAGAUCACCAACAAAAAAAAGUCUUUUACUGUGAAAUAAAUUCUCCUUGUCAGCACCCUAGGAAAUGUGUAGAGAACAGUAUGGAGGAUAUGCAUUCUGAUGUGAGGGUGUAAAGUGUUUAGGUUUUUAAUUGUCCAGGGGUAGAUCUAAAGCAGAUGCAGAUGUAGUAUCUUUUAUGUUUUUGGCAACCAAGUAUCCUGAUCACCACAAGCAGAUUAGGGUCCUGAUGGAUUCUAUAAUUACUAUAGGGAGUGUAGCAUGGUUUGCAGUGAAGUUACAGUGAUCACAACAACAUUCUUCCAUAUGUUUGUAGAGGAAAUAGAGUGAAAACAAGCAGGCAAUUUUAUAAUUUCACUUUAACUUUUUCAUUGGUUGGGUUACUUGGCCUGAAGCGGUCAAACAAUAUGGAUAAAUUAGAUAGGGUAGGGAAUGGUGAGAUCUUAGACUAAUGCAAUGCUAAGAUUCUUCUUUAAAAAUCACACACCAAGACUAAACAUAUGUAGCUUUUGAUCUUGUUAUGAGUGUUGUUUACUUCAAUGAGCAGAAUGCAUUAUUAUUGACCAGAAAAUGUUGCGUUAGAAUUGUAAUACUCUCGUUUGUGUUGCUUCUGGGAAAUAUCAGUUGAGCUAUGAGCAAUCCGUCCUUUUCAGUAAAGUUCAUCAUGUCCAAAAAAAUCAUAAAAAAAAACUGAUGUAGUGCACCAUAUGAAGGACUCUGCUGAAAGGCAGGAACUGCCUGUAGUUCAGGUAUCAGCCAUUUUAUUGCAGUAUGUUCAAAUGACAAGACUCAAGACUGAAAAAAGACGAAGAAGUCUUGAUUUGACGAAAAGUUUGCAAGACCUAUAGGUUUUUGAGGUACCAUUCUAUAAUUAACGAUAAGGGAUGACCUUAUUUUAUGUAACUACUAGUAUUUAUUGAUAUUCCAGACUUUCAUUAUACUGAGAUGUAUGUAAAUAUGACACACUUUCUUGUAAAUACAUUUACUGUAACUGUUGUCAAAUUAUUAUAAGUAAUGCUAAUCACAAUUUUAAGUUAAAUAAAAACC